AUGUUCAUUUGCAUACACUAUGCAACUGCUGAGGAAUCAUUCUUCGAUGAACUAAAACGCAAAGCUCUGAUGAUAAUGUGUGUAAAAUGUAAAGAUGCUGACACUAAUGCCAAUUUAGAAGGGUUUGAAGACUGUGUCCAGGAUCUAUUUCCCGAUGAAAUGGCAGCCAUAUUGGCCAUACGGAAAUCCCAAUCGGGUCACCCUGAUCAAUGUGUCACAGAAAUGCGUACAGAAUUGCAUCGUUUUCGUAAGAGUCGCCCUAUGAGUGGCAUACAAGUGAUGGCCUGUAUGUUGGAGCACUUGUCUAUCACUCAAAUAUUAGGUUGUAUUGCGGAUAUGUGAUGGGAAC